UCUACCUAGCUGUCAGUUGUCAAUUUGGAUUGUGAUUUUGUGAAUUGUGAGUUCGUAAUUUUCAUAGAAACAAUAAAACUUUAAUUUCUUACGGCACAACAAAAUAAUUAAAUCAAAAUGGUCUUGGAGAGUACUAUGAUAUGCGUGGAUAACAGUGACUACAUGAGAAAUGGAGACUUUUUACCAACGAGACUUCAAGCUCAACAAGAUGCUGUAAACUUGGUAUGCCAUUCGAAAACACGGUCAAAUCCUGAGAACAAUGUUGGAUUGCUAACAUUGGCCAAUGUUGAAGUUCUUGCUACUUUAACUAGCGAUGUGGGGCGCAUUCUUUCGAAACUGCACCGUGUGCAGCCAAACGGCAACAUCAACAUUUUGACGGGCAUUAGAAUUGCUCAUCUAGCUCUCAAACAUCGCCAGGGAAAGAAUCAUAAAAUGCGCAUAGUUGUAUUUGUUGGAUCUCCCGUUACGUCAGACGAAAAAGAACUCGUCAAGUUGGCAAAGAGACUCAAAAAAGAAAAAGUAAAUUGUGACGUCAUAUCUUUCGGUGAAGACUCCGAAAACAAUCCUUUGUUAACUACGUUCGUGAAUACACUGAAUGGUAAGGAUAACACAACAGGCGGCAGCCACCUCGUAGCUGUUCCAGCUGGCGGGUGUGUUGUGCUAUCUGAAGCACUGAUUUCGAGUCCUAUUAUUGGCGGCGAUGGCGCCGGUCCAUCAGGAUCUGGAUUGUCUCCAUUCGAGUUUGGUGUCGAUCCUAAUGAAGACCCAGAGCUGGCUCUGGCUCUAAGAGUAUCCAUGGAGGAACAGAGACAACGCCAAGAGGAGGAAUCUCGGCGCCAACAGGCUAGCUCUGGAGAGGAGGCUCCGAAAGCUGGAGAAACACCAAGUGCAGGUGUACCUAUGUCACUGGGACGUGAAGCUAUGGAAUUGUCAGAGGAGGAGCAGAUUGCUCUAGCUAUGCAGAUGAGCAUGCAACAAGAAGCUCCGCAGGCAGAGGAAAGCAUGGAUGUGUCUGAAGAAUAUGCAGAAGUCAUGAAUGACCCAGCAUUUCUACAGAGUGUUUUAGAAAACUUGCCUGGUGUUGAUCCUCAGAGUGAGGCCAUCCGAAAUGCAAUGUCCACCAUCAAAAAGGACAAGGAUGACAAAGAUGUUAAAGACCAAAAGGAUAAAGAUGGUAAAGGAGGUUCCAGUUCAAAGGACAGUCAAUAAUUUUUUUCAAUUUUUUUAAUUUAUAAAUAUGCUCGUAAACUCGGUAACAAUUCUAUGUAAUAUCACGAUAAUAUACAUGGGUUCACAAUACAAUUUGACAUUUAUUUCCACGAAAUCCAAUUGAGGCCUUCUAUUUUGUUAUACUCUGGAACAAUAGAUAUUAUGUUUUAGUCUAAAUAAAAAUAUGCAUAGAGAA